GGUGGGGCUGUGCUCUGAAUUCGGGUCGGAAGGGAAACAAACCGGCGGAGCCGGCUUUGAGGGGGGCAGUUGCAGAGUUUCACGAAGAAAGAAAGUUUUUGGAGUAAAAAGUCCCAAUGACAGAACUAUCCGCAAACGUACAUUUCCAGCAUGGGCAGCUGACAGAAAACUUCCCUGACAACCACCUGAGCAAUACCAAUGACAACACUGAAAGACGGCGCCAUGAGAACAGUGAUAAUCCUGAUUCAGAGUCGAAUGGGCAGCCACAGAACAGUACUCGGCAAGUGGUGGAACAAGAUGACGAGGAGGAAGAGCUGACGCUGAAAUAUGGUGCAAAGCAUGUGAUUAUGCUAUUUGCGCCUGUCACACUUUGUAUGGUAGUAGUUGUUGCAACCAUCAAGUCUGUCAGCUUUUAUACACGCAAGGAUGGACAGCUCAUCUACACUCCAUUCACAGAAGAAACGGAAACAGUUGGACAAAGAGCUCUGAAUUCUAUUCUCAAUGCUGCUAUCAUGAUUAGUGUCAUCAUUGUCAUGACCAUACUCUUGGUUGUGCUUUAUAAAUACAGGUGCUAUAAGGUGAUCCAUGGAUGGCUCAUCAUUUCUUCUCUUUUUCUGCUUUUCUUUUUCUCAUUCAUUUACUUAGGUGAAGUUUUUAAGACCUACAAUGUUGCCAUGGACUACAUUACGCUAGCUCUCAUGAUCUGGAACUUUGGUGUCGUGGGGAUGAUCUGCAUUCACUGGAAAGGCCCCCUCCGGCUCCAGCAAGCCUAUCUCAUUAUGAUAAGUGCUUUAAUGGCUCUGGUCUUCAUCAAAUACCUUCCUGAAUGGACUGCCUGGCUCAUCUUGGCAGUAAUUUCAGUAUAUGAUCUGGUUGCUGUUUUGAGUCCUAAAGGGCCUCUUCGUAUGCUGGUUGAAACAGCUCAAGAAAGAAAUGAAACACUGUUCCCAGCGCUUAUUUACUCAUCAACGAUGAUAUGGCUGGUGAACAUGGCUGAGGAAGACCCUGAAGCCCAAAAGAGAGCUCCCAAAAGAUCCACUUAUGAUACACAAAGAAACCAGACUCAACGUGAAAGUGCAGAGUCUGAUGAUGGAGGAUUCAAUCAAGAAUGGGAGCAACAAAGAGAUAAUAGGAUAGGGCCUCUGGAAUCAACCCCUGAAACACGAGCCGCUGUUCAGGCUCUCCCCAGUAAUUCCCUAACAAGUGAAGAUCCAGAGGAGAGGGGAGUGAAGCUUGGCUUAGGAGACUUCAUUUUCUACAGUGUUCUGGUUGGCAAAGCCUCAGCAACUGCCAGUGGAGACUGGAACACAACUUUAGCUUGUUUUGUAGCCAUUUUAAUUGGCUUGUGCCUUACCCUCUUGCUGCUUGCCAUUUUUAAAAAGGCCUUACCUGCUCUUCCAAUCUCUAUAACCUUUGGACUCGUUUUCUAUUUUGCCACAGAUAACUUGGUGCAACCCUUUAUGGACCAGCUUGCAUUCCAUCAGUUUUAUAUCUAGCACACCUUAAAUUGAAAUCCUGUGGACAUUUGUAUUAACUGUAGCAAAUGUGGAAGGGAGGAAUUAUUUCUACCUGUUUGUUAAAACAGCUGCCAUACUGGGCUCCACUGGAUUCUUCACUGUAAAAAUUGGUCUCAGCGAAUGUGGUAUGAGACAUUGUCUUCAACAUUCUGAGCUAUAAUUCUUCAUAAGGACCAUAUGUACUAAAGAUGCCUAUGCUUCCACCAGCAAGAUAACUACUCAGCACAGAGAUUUCACUGCACCCCUCUGGAGUGCUGAGAAUUGCUCUACAAAGGAGAUAUAAAUCAUACUGAACCAUCUGAAGAGUUGGCCUGUCUUCAGCUGUGAUCAGUACUUUCAUCCUGAUCCUACUGUGGGUUACCUGGAGAGCAGCGCUCGAACUGUGGUGAGAAGAAUUUGUCUCACUUAAAGUAAAAAAUCAUGCAAGUUAUUCUCUGUGUCUGUGUGGUUACAUCUUAGAUUUUAAUUUUCUCUCUGGCACAAUAACCCUGUGUACAAAUGUUGCAAGUUUGUAGCCUUCUUCAGCACAGAACACACAGUCUCUAUUUUUGCUGCCAAAUGUUUCUUGGAUUCAGUUUGAGGCAGGUUGGUUACAUGAUCAGAAUUUGGAUCCUUGAUUCCAAAAGAUUUUAAAUUCUUGCUAGAUUGGUAUAAUCUGUUCCUAGAUUUCCUUCACCCUGCUCCCUCACCCUGCAUGCCUCUUACACUGAACACUCAGUGUUAUGUUUCAUCACAGUUAGCUCCAUGAUUUAUUUGUAUGGUAAGACAAGAGAUACUUUCAAAAGCUACAGAAGAACAAUUGUACCACAACAACCAAAAACAUGUUUCUUGUUGGUUUUUUUAACCAAAUGAUGAAUGUGUGAAUUUCACCUUAUUCUCUUUUGUUCUGAAACUUAUAUUUGUGUAGUAUUUUUUGAGAUCAUUGUGUAAAACAGAAUGUGUUAUAUUGAGGAAACAAAGAUAACAAGAGAAAAAUUCAUAUUGUCUGCAGGGCAUGUGCUUGUAUAAUUAACAGAAGACAUAUUUCCCUGGACGCUUUUUUUACUUUUUACUUUUUAUAUUGGAUCCUUUUUUUCGUAAUUUCUUUUUUGUCUAAAACAUGACAGCUAGAGAUUAUGCUACAACCAAGAGGAUUCAUCUCCAUCCCCAAAUACUACGUACAUAAUGGCUGUCUCUCAAAUAAUUUUUAUUUUAUAAGACCUAGGGCUGAUUCCCACAUUGUUUAAAAUAUGUGUGGUUACUGCCUUGGCAUAGUCUUUGGCACACUCACAUUAAUAACACUACAUUUGAGCUGAUCGGGCAAGAUCAGUAAACAGAAGACUAACUAGGUUUGUGUUUGGUCCUGCUCAUAAGAGCAGUCCAUUAAAAAUCAUGCAGGUAACCAAUUCUGAAAUAACUUUUUUCGUUACCACUUUGGGAAUCAUUCCAGAAAUACUUCUGUGGACGAGCAUGUUAUGUUAAAAAAAAUGCCUAAAACCUUACAUGCGUACUUGUAAAACUAUGUUUUGUGUUAAGGGCUCUUGCUGUAUAUCUUUGACUGCCUCAUCUUGAGUGCUCUUGAACGCCAGCUGUGCAACGCCUGCCAUCCAGAAAUUGGAGUAUUUCAGUAGAAAUAAGAUGUACUUGCCCACCUAACCUUAUUGCACUGAAUGGCUGACAGAUGCUUACUGAAUUCAGUUUGGCUAAGGAUUAAUAAAAUGAAAAACAUAUCUUUUCUCUGUCUGACAUAAGCCAGAACUAGCUGACUGUUCAUGAGGAAUCGGAUUUGAAAUGAACUCUUGACUGUCAGGAGAUAAGCUGUUGAUAUUUUAUUUGUAGUGUUCAUCACAUCUGUGUUCAUCUUUGAGAGAGAGAGAGAGAAACCCUUUUAUGUCAAAUACACAAACAAUAGAAAAAGAUUUGCCAAAAAUUGUUUGGUAGUUGGUAGUAUGCACCCCUGAGUCAAGACUCAGCAGAAUUGUUAGUAUAGUGAGAGCAUUUAUUUAUGUCUGAGUGUGUGUGUGUGUGUGUGUGUGUGUGUGUGUGAGAGAGAGAGAGAGAGAGAGAGAGAAAUGUUAUCUGAAGAAACAGACUCCAAUACAGGCUCUUAGAAAAAUGUUUAGAAUUCUCACAGGUACUAGUCUUCCACUGCAAAAACCUGUAAGAGUAGAUCUAUGUCUGGGUUAUACCAGUUCAGGCUGCAGCUGAGGUUUGAACGAUUGAAUGUAUUUUUAAAAAGAGAAAGAGAAGAAAAUUUCUGCCCACAGAAACAUGUUAGGAAGAAAACUAGGCAAGAACUAUUCUCCCUGACAUGAUUUUCUCAAUAGAGGAAAUGUUUUGUAUGAAAAUAUAUUCAAUCAUGUGAACCCCCAUCUGCAGUCUAUAGUGGGGUACAGCAUCAGUAGAGGUUUAUACCUCAAUUAGAACUAUGUCAUUGUCCCACAAGGUUAUAGUGGAGAUUUAUAUAGAGCCAAAAUUGCUCAGUUAUGUGCCUAUGCUUUAUUCAGCCCUUAAGUUAGGAGACUGAAGAUGGAAAGUUACUUUUAUCCAAUACAUUGAAUGUUGUGAAGUUUAAAUAAAGUACAGGCUAUAUUAUUGGAUCUUCAGAAAGCAGAAGCAGAAAAUAAAGAACAUGAAAUGGAAACACCAUUUCUGUGAUGUAUGAUUAUAGAGGAUCAAUUGCAUUCCAAUACCAGAUAUUUCCUUAAAGACAGCACUAAAGUUAGUGGAUUGUAGCCAGAAUUAAAACUUGGACACAAGGUGUAGUCACUAAUGACAAUUUUGAUCCUAGAAUUCCUAGACAUUAUUACCUAGAAGCAGCUUGUAGGUAGUACUAGCUUCUUGAGAAGGGACUCAAUACAAUGACUAAAGUGCUAGUGAGCACGUUAAGCUUCUAUCCCAUUUGAAAAGGCAGCAUACCUCUAGUUUGGUGUAUGGCCUAAUACACGUAUUUCCUAGUCUAGUAAGCCUAUCAGAUUCAACUGAAUGAUUGCCUAACAUUGUGAAUGCUCAUCAAGGUUGUAUUGUCAGCACUGGUAACUUCUCUAACCGUCAAAUUUGAAUAAAUAGCUUAAGAGACUGCUCUCUAGCAAGCAAGCCGAAGCACUGUAAAUACUGUUUUUUCAUCUCCUUUUCUGUGUAUCAGGAUUUAUUCUAGCCAGAUACCAAAAGUGGCAGUUUCCGCGUCGUCAACAGUACAGUAAAAAUUGAGAACGAGGCCUGUCUAAAUUCUAGUGCCACUUAAUGGUACAAGCUGUAAUUACAAUAUUGACCCGAUACAGUCCAUUCCAGUCCUGAUUUACAAACCUUUCUAAGGGCUGUAGUGAGCUGAAAAUAGCUGAACCUUCUUCAAAUACAGGGCAUUGAUGUCUGGGAGUCUUUGGUGAACAAGAUCCAAAGUCCACAUUUCGUGAAGAAAGAUGGUAUAAAUGUUUUAAAAAUAAGAUCCUACUUGGGUACUUUAGCUGAAAUUUCAUCCAUGUACAUGAUAAUUGCUUUGUUAUUGAUGUAGCAAGAGAAACAAAUGUUGGAGUACAUUAGAGAGAAAUGUCAGGAUGGAUGAAGAAAAUAUAUUCACUGUUUAUUGGUAAAUAAUUUUGGCAGCUACAUGUAAAGACCAUUAUUGAGAAAUCUACAGUACUUAGUUUGUACAGUUGCAUGAUCUUGUCUCGUAAUACUGGCCUGCCAGUGGGAAUACUGGAAUAUGGACUAGAAUUGGAUUCUUUUGCACUCUAGCAUAUGUGUGUUUUUACAGACAUUUGUUUAUACAUUAUCUGAAUUCAAUGUGAAUAAGCCUUUUUAAAACACCUUUCCAAUUAAGAUAUAAUUUUGAUAGCUUAUUGUAAUUUUCCCUGUAUUUAUCAAAUUAUUCAAAAAAUAAAGAAUGCAUGGGUCAUA